AGUAGGGACCUUUAGAGAGAUCAGCUGAUGCAAGUUCCCGGGCAGGAGACAGUAUUUUGCUUUUCAGUUCAUUCGGCCUAUGGGUUAAAUUCAUACAGUAGCUAUUUUAUUUCUGUAACGGUGUGCAUAAGCAGCACUUCUGCAGAACGCUUUUACAGCUGCAUAGAUUGUAAUAGCUAAAUGCAAGUCAUUUUUUAAACUGAAUAUUUGUAAGCGAUUUUUAUGCACUCCGGCAUCUCGUUUUUGUUUGCUUACUGCAUGUAAAGAGGAUUAAUACAAACUAUCAGAACAGACUACGGGCUGCAUCUACAAAGUUGUAUUACAAAGAGCAUUCUGAAAGUUUCCUGUUACCAAGCCCGAUAAUAUGUUCACGUGAUGCAUUGAUGUGAAAUUACAGACGUGCUAUUGUGGGACGCCACUGGGUUACUUUGUCCUUUAGAUUAAAAGGUUAUCCACAUUCCAUAGCAUGGCAGCGGUGGAUAGUUUCGAACUACUGUACUGGCAGGUUGCCAGGACGUGUAAUGUCUACUCAGAUGCAUUAACUGUUCUGGGAGCAUGGUAUGUGGCAAAGACAAGUAUCUGCUUUGUUUGUGAUAUCUACAGUAUGGUUAGACUCCAUUUCAUCCCGAGACUGGUGAGCAGGAAGCACCUGCUCAAACACUAUGGGAAAUGGGCCAUGGUAACUGGUGCAACAGCUGGGAUUGGUAAAGCCUAUGCUGAGGAGCUGGCUAAGCAAGGCAUUGAUCUGAUUCUUAUUAGCCAUGAUCAAAACAAGUUGGAAGCAACAGCCGCCGCCAUUACAGAAAGGUUUAAUGUUGAAACCUAUAUAAUCAUAACUGAUUUUACUAAAGGACGUGAGAUUUACCAACCAAUUCAAGAAGCUCUGAAGGAUAAGGAAAUAGGCAUUCUGGUGAAUAGUGCAGAUGUGCCUGCUGAAUAUCCACAGUUUUUCUUAAACAUUUCCGAGGACAAACUCUGGGAUCUUAUAAAUGUAAAUAUUGCUGCAACCAACAUGAUGAUCCGCAUUGUGUUACCAGGAAUGGUACAAAGGGGGAAGGGAGCGAUUGUUAAUAUUUCUUCAGGAUUUUGCUGCAAGCCCACACCACAGAUGGCCACAUAUUCAAGUACUAAGGUGUAUUUAGACCAUUUUAGCAGAGCUUUGCACUGUGAAUAUGCUCCCAAAGGAAUCUUUGUUCAGAGCUUAUUGCCGUUUUCCACAACAACUAACAGAGAUGGGUACGGCGAAGGCCUGCAUUUAUUCUCCUGGCUAGCACCAUCAGUUAAUGUGUAUGCACGUCAUGCAAUUUCAACCCUUGGAAUAGCCAGCAGGACUCCAGGUUACUGGAUACAUUCAGUGCAGUUCUUAUUUGCCCAGUGCAUACCUGAAUGGCUGUGGAUAUGGGGAGCUACACUGAUGAACAAUAGAUUGUCCAAAUGUGCAACACUCAAGUCAUAAAACAAAGGACAUGCUGGCUCUCAGAAAAUCAUGUUUGUGUACACUUAUUAUCAACAACCCAAGACUCUAUUAAGCAGCAUCAUUACUGUGAGAUUUGUUAAAUAAUUGUUGCAUUCUGAAAAUUAUUGAGGUGACACAAGCAACUUUAUAUCACGUUGACACCAUCAAAAGAGCCUCAGAAUGAAAAUACAAGAUGUAUCAUAAUUGGGUCAUUAUUAUCUGUAUCGUUGCUGUCAACUGUUUCUAAACUAACAGAUGCCAUUAAACAAAUUGCCUUAUCGGGUUAAUCCAACAAA